GCAGAGGAGCUUUAAUAGAUGUGAUGUCAUAGUCAUCGUGAGAGAAGGAGCUUGGGGGUAUAAAGUCAAGGGUGAGUAUGCCGGUUACCUAGGUAGGUGUCCUCACGAGGCAACGAGCAACUUGGAGUUAGACUUUCUCGUCUUGGACUUGGGAGAUACUUUUCCUUUGGCUGCUCUUAGCCCUUCUCAUUUACACUUGUCCCAUUUGCUGCACUGCCAGAUCCAUAUAUCUCCACUUACCAAACACCAUCUCCAAUUCCUCGCCAUCACUUGAAUCUCCUCUCCAACCAAUCCACCCCCUCUUCUCCCCCGGCUCAAAAUGGCACCCUACACCCUCCCACCCUCCGCCGUCUGGUUCAUAACCGGCUGCUCCUCCGGCAUCGGCCACGCCCUCUGCGCCCACCUCGCCACCCACACAACCUGCCGCAUUGUCGCCACAGCCCGGAAUCCCUCCUCCCUCUCCUCCCUCCCAUCCGGUCCCAACAUCCUCAAACUCGCCCUCGACGUAACGUCCGAGUCCUCCAUCCAGUCCGCGCUGGCAGCCACCCUGCACGCCUUCGGCCGCAUCGACAUCCUCGUCAACAACGCCGGCUACGGCCUCAUGGCCGACACCGAGACCGCCGACCCCGCCGCCGCCCGCGCACUAAUGGACACGAAUUUCUGGGCCGCGGUCCGCCUCACCCAGCUCGCGCUCCCCAUCUUCCGCGAGGAGAACGCGAAAACCGGGGGUCCUAGGGGCGGUAUGGUAAUGCAGAUCACGAGUCUGGGCGGGCGGCUAGCGUUCGCGGGGAAUGCGUUCUAUCACGCGAGCAAGUUUGCGCUGGAGGGGUUUACGGAGGCGCUUGCGAAGGAGGUGCCCGAGGAGUGGGGGGUGCGGUUUCUGUGCGUGGAGCCUGGGGGGGUGAAGACGCGGUAUGCGGAGACGAGUACGGGGGCGUUUGAUGUGGAUAGGAGAAACCCGGCGUAUAGGGAUCCUGGGCUGCCGACGAAUGUGCUGUUGAAGUAUAAAGAGAGCGCUGAGGCGACGAGGAAUUGGGCGGAGCCGGGGAGGGUGGCGGAGGUGCUGUAUGGGUAUGUGAAAAAAGGAGGUGACAUGCCGCUGAGACUGCCGUUGGGGAGUGAUAGUUGGGGGAUGCAGAAGAAGGGGUUGGAAGAGGGGUUGAGGGAUUUGGAGAGCGUGCGGGGGGUUAGUUUGAGUACGGAGAGUGAGGAGCAGUUGAGGAGUAUUGAGUUCUUGCAGGUGUAGAGAGAGGGGCGUUUAGGGACGAUUGCUAUGUGCGUAGCGAAGGUUGACAGAUCGUCAGCCUCUUCUUGAUGUUCGAUCGGAACCUACACAUUUGUCAGUACAAGCGUACGUAGCAUUCGACGUGUUCUAGAGCCGUAGUUCACGGCUUUAGAUCUGCUGAGCAG